AUGGCGAACGAGUGUGAGAAGAAUGUUUAUCUUUCCAAGCUGGCUGAGCAAGCUGAGCGUUACGAUGAGAUGGCCUCAUACAUGAAGGCCGUGGCUCAGGAAAAACAGGAGCUCAGUGUUGAGGAGCGCAACUUGUUGUCGGUUGCAUACAAGAAUGCUGUUGGUUCUCGACGUGCUUCCUGGAGGAUCGUCUCAUCUGUCGAGCAGAAGGAGGCUUCUAAGGGUAACACGACCAAUGCUGAGAUCGCUAAGGGAUACAGAGAGAAGGUUGAGGCUGAACUCCAGACAAUCUGCGAUGCUAUCCUUGAUCUUCUUGACAAGCCUCUUAUUACCCAUUCCCAGACCGGCGAGUCCAAGGUGUUCUACUACAAGAUGAAGGGUGAUUACUAUCGCUACAUCGCUGAAUUCAGCACUGGCGAGAAGAGAAACAAGGCCGCUGAUAAUGCUGAUCAGGCCUAUAAGGAUGCGACUAAUAUCGCUCAGUCUGAGUUGCAGGUUACUCAUCCUAUUCGCUUGGGUCUCGCUCUCAACUACUCUGUAUUUUACUAUGAAGUCUUAAACCAGCCUGAAGAGGCUUGUAAGAUGGCUCGCAAGGCAUUCGAAGAUGCGAUUGCCGAGCUCGAUAAUGUUAGCGAGGAUAGCUAUAAGGAUUCUACGCUUAUCAUGCAACUCCUUAGAGACAACCUGACUCUCUGGACAUCUGAUCAAGAUGGUGCUGCUGAGGGUGGUGCUCAAUAA